CCGGCCCAGGCGGGCGUGUGCUCCAGAUCCUGCCGGCUCGGCGAUGGCAAACUUGAGCCACCGGCUGCCGGAGCCAGAAGGACGAGAAGCGGCCGCCCGUUGACUCCCGCCUCGACUGAGGCCGAGGAUGGGCCCGGAGGGGAGGGCGCGCAGGAGAUGAAUUAAGAUGCAGCACACAACAUGCACAGAGGACAGAAUCCACCAUGCACUGGAGAGGUGCCUCCAUGGCCUCAGCAAAAGUGGGACUAUCUCUGCUAGCACUUGGACAGCUGGACUUUGCCUGAAUUGCUGGAGUCUUCAGGAGCUGGUCAGUCGGGAUGCAGGGAACUAUCUCAUCCUCUUGGAGAAAAUCCUCCAGAAAACCCAAGAGGUUCACGAUAAAUGUGACUACGAUCUCUUUGCUCCACUGGCCCUGCUAUUUGGUGCAGCUGUCCUGUCUAUUCCCCAUUUUCCUUCAGAUUCUGACCUGCUUCCGAGGGCGUUGAGGAUAUACCGUGAUUUCCUCACCUGGCCUGUGCCAUACUGUGAUAUCUGCCAGGAGCUACUGACUUUCAUCAACAAUGAACUCAAAGCCCCAGGGAUUUCAUUUCAAAGACUAGUUAGGGCAGAGCAGGGACUGCCUGCAAAGACCCAUGAGACUUCUAUCAUAACAGUCCUGCUGUUGAACCCUUCAGAAGUCGAUGGGGAAUUCCUAUCGGUUGCAGAAAAAAUGAGCACCACUGAGCUUUCCCAGCAAACGUUACUGGUGACACUCCUGGAGCAUAUCUACCAAGCAAACUUUGGAACUAAAUGUGACUUGGGAAAACUGCAUCAAAUACUGAAGUUGAAGACUGUGGAAGAGCUCAUGGAGUUAUUUGCCAGCACCUCUGAAGCCCAGGAAAUAGCAGCUGUGAGUAGCGAUGACCCUUCCAUAGCCAGGGAACAACUGGAAUCUGCCUUAUGGGAAAUUGCAAAGGCAGCUGAGCUUCCCAUAAUCACAGAUGAAGCCCUGCCAAGUAAGCUGCGCCUGAUCCCCAUCCCUGUUGCUCGCUGUUACACCUACAGAUGGGAUACAGAUAAUUUUGACAUCUUAAAUGAGGUGCUAGACAAAGAAGGGUACUAUCCAAAACCCGUGCUCUUAGAAGAUGAGGAGGCGGACAAUUGUUUUUCAGAAAGAGAUUCUUUGUUAUCUGAAGAUGGUCCAUGUAACUCACGGGUGUCUAUUGUCUCAAAGGACUCUGCACUCUCCUUGGUUUCUAAAAAGUCCUUGAAGUCUUUUGUAUCUAGCCUGAAGGACUGUGUGGACAGUGGCUACAUGGAGGACAGUGAUGAGAGCUCUCCUGAGCUGGCAGGCCGUUUGGAUCCGAAGGAGGAGAAGAUGUCCUCCAGACAUCGGCAUCGGCUGAGCAACAAGUUAUACAAGCUGUUCAAGAGCAAGAGCCAAUUGAUCCUGGGCAAGGAGCUGAGGGACAUCUCUGAGGUGACCUCACUCUCUCUGCCAUUGCGCCGGGCAGAGAGCCUCUGCAAUCCUGUGGCCAAGGACCGUAUUCCAGCACGUUCCCGAAGGGCACAGUCUCUCCCCCAACAUGUACUGAGUGCCACGCUUUUCCAAAACCAUGUGCCUCAAAAUACCUGUGUGCAACGCAGGCCAUUCUUGAGCUGUGAUGAGAACACAAAGGUCUCCACUCUGCGUGUGGUUGUGUUUGGUUCUGACCGCAUCUCAGGGAAAGUGGCACGGGCUUACAGCCAUCUUAAAUCUCAAGAAAGCAGCUGUCCCAGGCUGACUCGAUACUUCAAGAUGCAUUUUUACUAUGUUCCUGUGAAGAGGAGUGGCCCUACCUCAUCUGUACUGACCCACCCUCCUCCUUCUCCAGGAAACUCACAUUCCCGCACCCCUGGAGCCACGGUUCUUAAUUUGGCAGGGAUGGAGAGCAGCACAAAUGAUAUCUCCCUGUACUUAGGUAUGCAGGAUCCAUGGUACGAACGAAACGUUCUUGGGCUCAUGAAUCUUCCCAUACAUGUUCUGUGCCAGCAAUCAAUCAAGCCUGAAGGUGAACCUUUAGAGGAAACAUCAGAGCAGCUUCCCAUCCUUGCUGACAUGAUCCUUUAUUACUGUCGUUUUGCUACCCACCCGGUGCUACUGCAAGUCUAUCAAACACAACUCACCUUCACUGGGGGAGAGACAAGAACUGAGAUCUUCAUCCAUUCCUUAGAGCUGGGCCAUUCCGCAACCACACGUGCCAUCAAAGCUUCAGGUCCAGGUUGCAAACGCCUGGGUAUAGAUGGAGACAGAGAAGCAAUUCCACUAACACUACAGAUUGCUUACAGCAAGAGGUCAGUCAGUGGAAGGAGUCGAUGGAAUAACACUGAGAAAGUCUGUACAUCUGUUAACCUCAGGAAGGCCUGUAAGAGACAAGAAGAGCUUGGCCCCAAAACAGAAUGUUUGACUCUCACUGCAACAGAGGUCAUCAAGAGACAAAGCUCCAAGUCUAAGAAGAGUUUCAAUCAGAUUAGUGUGUCUCAGAUUAAAGUGGACAAGAUCCAGAUCAUUGGGGUCAACUGUUCUUUUGCUGUGUGUCUGGAUCAGGAUGAGCGGAAGAUUAUGCAAAGUGUGGUCAGGUGCGAGGUCUCUGCGUGCUACAAACCCAAGAUUAGCAAAUCCUCAAUUGGAGGAAAAGUCAUGCCGUCUUUCCCUCCCCAAGAACCCUCUGAUUUCUGCUCUCUUCUGUGCUUGCCCAUUGCCACGUUCAGUGGGGCAUUGCCUUGAAGAAGACCAAGGAGGUAGAUUCUAUGAAUCAUUUCCAGCAGCUAGGAUGGAUCGUGUUGCUGCCAGGUUCCCCACAGAUCAUGAAAAUCUGGAUAACCGUGAAUGGGGCAUGUCCUCUUCCACCAGUUGGAUGACAUAGAUUUGUCAAGAUUAUGGCAAGUCUGCACUUUCAGAUCUGGAAAACAAGACUUGGCACUCUGGGAACGGGAGGACUUUCCUUAUGGCAGAAGAAAUAAUGCCCAGUGUCCCUAUAUGUGGCUUGUUCUUCAUUGAACAUUAUGGGAAAGAAGGAGGUAGGGGAAAAGAGUGGGAUAGAGAACAUUUGAAAUGUGGAAAAAGGCUAAUUGGCUGGUUUGUACUAAAAUGCUGAUACACUUCAUAAGGGGAGGGAUAAAUCAGCCCCCCCCUCUUUAGACGAGGGUGUCAGUUCAUCUAAUUAUGGUUUACUGCGAUUCACAAAUUUCUGGGACUGCAGCAUUUCUGCACCCCAGCUUUUAUUUUUUAUUUUUAUAAUGCAACAUAAAGCCCAGUCAUGUAUUUAUAUAGCAAAUAGUUUGAAAAGCAGUGCUGGUGCUCAGUUUGUCCCAUCUUCUUUACUGAUUCUGACAUGCACUGACUGAAAUGGAGGGGCAGGUUGGAGUAGGGAAGGACAAAGAGCAGAGGCUUUUGAGUGGGAUGGUAAUGAAUUGGCAAUUAAUGUUAGAGAAGCCAAAAUGCUUCUUUGUCUUAAAAGGAAAAAAAAUAGGGAAACACUAUGACCUACAUCAUGACCAGUCUGUCUGGUUGGUGCUUCUGUUGCAUGGCAUUUUAAAAUGUGCUGUGAUGCCAGGUUGUCAUGCCAAAUGAAUAUCUGAAAAACAUUUUGCCCUUCUGCUUUGGUGGGAAUUGGGCCAAAGCAACCUAGGUCCUUUGCUCUGUGAAUGAAAAUCAGUGACCUGAACCUUUCUCUCCUCAAAAAGAAGAUAUAUACCAUAUUUUUUAUUGUAAGAUGCACAGUAAUUUCAGCACCACCAACAGUUAUAUAUAUAAAAAUAUUUACAAUUCUGAGAUGCAUCCCAUUUUUAGAGAUGUUUAUAAGGAGAGGGGGGAGUAUGUCUUAGAAUUGAAGAAAUAGGGUACGUGGAGUCCAGAUUGCUGCAGGCGCCAUCAGCUGUGCUCUGGGAACCAGGACUUCUGAGUAACCACGGCCAAAUCUGAAGGGCCAAUAACUGGUAUGCUGGGAGUGGGAAGACAUUUGAGCCUCUAGAUGUUUUGCACUCAUUUCAAACCAUCAACCCUGCUAUCUGGCAUUAAUGAGAGGUGGUAUCCAAAACAUAUGAACAGUCAAAUGCCCCGACCCAUGGCUGGCAGGCCUAAUAAGUGCAAGCGCCAAUUGUACCAACACCACAAAGCCAUUCACAGUGCACUUCUGGUGUAAAUAAUGUGAGCCUACAUGUUUGAUCUUCUAUGCAAAUUGUGAAAUCAAUGGUGCUGUCUACACUAAGAUCCUACCUAUUAGAAGAAAGGAAAUAGACCCAUAUUAAGAAACUACUGUGGAAUUUAUGAAUGAAUAGUUCCUAUAAAUACCAGCAUACCAGCUAAAGAUGCCUCCAUAUAGAACUGAAAGAUAAGUGUUGUGGCUUCCUUUGCACUAUAUAUGUAGUCUUUGCUUCUGGAGGAAUCCAACAAACAAACGUCCAUCUAAGAAAUCUAGAUAGCACUGAAGUCUUAUUUUAAUCACUAUUUUACUUGAAUUGAACUGUUUUUGAAAAGUUUUAAGCGAAUAUGAUGUUUUUGGGGAAUAAGGUGUAUCAAAGGAACUUACUAUCCAGGGUGGGCAGGGCUGACCAAGGAACAUUUAAAAUUCCCAGCAGGGGAAGGUAGGGGAAAUGUCCAGGGGAAUGUCCAGGAAAUAGAGAAGGGGGAAACCUAGAGUAGUCUGUGAGUAUAAGAUUAAGCAAAUCUUGUACUCAAGAUGAUCCUUCCAAUUCUUCAACUCCUCCAUGAGUUAAUUUGUUCAAAACCUCUCUGUUAAUCAAAUAGUUUGAAGUCCUUUACAUCUGGAAAAAGAGAGAGAAGCAAAGUGCCAUCUGAUUUAGCAUGUUCCUGAGAGUGAAAUACAAUGCAGCUUUCUCAUAAUAUUCAUCAGGACUAUUAUUUUGUGAUAAAUCAGGAAAGAAGGGUGUCACAAAUAUCCUCCCAGGGAUAUUUCAAAUAUAAGCCAUGGGAGGCUUCAGUAAUAUUUGCAAUUAUGGGUGAGCCUUAAUCACUGCAUGUAUGAGUGAGAAUCCCACUUCCUUUUCUCAGUUCAUAGAACCUGAUCACUUCUGGUUCUGUUUGCAAUCUUGCACACUUCUUUUCUCUCAAAGCAGCCUGGCUGUAAAAUGAUUUCCAGCAUGAGACACUGUGGUUUGCAAUCUGUAUUCAGUAAGAGGCUUUUGAAAAGUAAAUGUUCACACUAUAUUUAUGCAUCUUCCCUCUUCUUCCUGUGCAGAUAUUUGAAAUUAAUCUGAAUAAUUCUGAAUGCUGGAGCAUUUUAUUAACAUGUGCAAAAGCUGCCUCCUGGAGCUUAAGCUGUAUAUAGUCAUCCAUGUAAAAUCCAUGUAAAAUAAUUUUAUUAAAUUUUGUUAAGAAAAGGUAUAAUCAUGUUUCCAUAGGAUUGUUUGUUUAAAUGUGUUUGUGUGUAUGUUUACCCACACACAAUGGGCUGUCUUCUAUCACCUGGCUUCACCAGUUACCUCUUGAGCAGUUUAAUUCUGUACAGAGGCGGUCCAACCAUAAGGCGAAAUAGGCAUUUGCCUGUGGCGCCAUCGUCCUGGGGGCACCAUCGUCCUGGGAGGAGGGCACCACUCUCCACCUCCUUCUCUUUCGGGCCUUCCAGCGACCGCGCUGGGCCUUCCGGCCGGCGCAGACCCACCUUCGCACCACGCAAGCCCACCUUUGGGGCCUUCAGAGAUUGUGAGGUCUGUAGGAACUUGGAAGCUAGGUAUGUGGGGUUUAUAUAUCUGUAGAAGGUCCAGGGUGGGAGAAAGAACUUUUCUUUGAAGCAGGUGUGAAUGUUGUAAUUAAUCACCUUGAUUAGCAUUUAAUGGCCCUGUGGCUUCAAGGCCUGGCUUCUUCUUGCCUGGGAGAAUCUUUUUUUGGGAGGAGUUAGCUGUCCCUGAUUGUUUACUGUCUGGAUUUCUUCUGUUUUCAGAGUGUUGUUCUUUAUUUAUUGUCCUGAUUUUAGAGUGUUUUUUUUAAUACUGAGGGCUAUCUGGGUUAUCUAAGUCCACACUGCCCUAUAUCCCUGUUCAAUGUUUAGUGCUAAAUUUGCAAAUAUAGUAAUUCCUACAUAACAUUACCAUGUAUUGAACUGCUUUUUCUAUUGAUUUGUUGUAAAACAUGAUGUUUUGGUGCUUAAUUUUAAAAAUAAUAAUGUAAUUUGAUGUUUUA